UUCAAGAUAAAACGGCUCCGCGAAGAACACUCAUCUAGAACUGAGAUGGCGAAAAGAUUCAACUCGCAGCUAUUCGUCAGCAGAAUAUCAUUUUACACCACAAAUGAACAACUGAAGACGUUGUUUUCGCCAUUUGGGGUAGUUACAGAAGCUAGGCUAGUUAAAGACCCAAGAACCGAAAGACCCAAAGGUUUUGGUUUUGUAACAUACGAGUCAGAGGCUGAGGCUCAGAAGGCUUUGAAGGCCAUGAAUGGCAGGAUAGUUGAUGGGAGGCUGAUUUUUGUUGAAAUUGCAAAGACAAGGAGAGCUGAAGAUGCCACUUCUUGAUGAGAAGGCUCAUUUUAAUGUCCCAUAUAGAGGUCUGCAUAGAAAAUGCCUUUGGCAUUCUGUGUCGGAUGACUAAUAACAUAUUGUUUCUAGUAGUAGUAGUAGUUCCUUUCCCCGUCCCCCCAAUUAAAAUGCAAAUGGUAUUAUGGUGUAUGUAUGCAGUGGAGCUUAAGUUCAGUAUGCCUUACUAAUCUUACUGCAUUUUUGUUGA